AAUAAUUUCACACCACUCUCCAAUCUUGUGAUUGUUGAGUCAAUAUAAAAGAUAAAUACAUAUGCGAACAAAUAAACACAUAAUUCUGUAAACAGACUUCACAGUUGAUAAAUGUUUAUCGUGUAAUACGAGUACUAGGAAAAAACAUCAGUAGUCAGAUUAAAUAAUUAAAAUGAGGACCCUACCAAUCCUCACCAUAAUUUGCACAGCAGCAUCUCUCUCAGUCGCUGUGCACCCCUUAUCAAAGGAAUUCAUCCAACAAAUAAACGAAAAACAGUCCACGUGGAAAGCUGGCCCCAACUUUGCCGAAAAUGUGCCCAUGUCCUACAUCCGCCGCCUCAUGGGUGUUCCCCCCAACAGCAAAUACCACAUGCCCUCGGUGAAAAGACACCUUUUAGACGCCAUGGAAAUUCCCGACGAUUUCGAUGCACGCAAGCAGUGGCCCAAUUGUCCCACAAUCCGCGAGAUCAGAGAUCAAGGAUCAUGCGGGUCAUGUUGGGCUUUUGGGGCCGUGGAGGCGAUGUCUGAUCGCGUAUGCAUCCACUCAAAAGGCGCCGUUAACGUGAGGCUCUCAGCCGACGACUUGGUGUCAUGCUGCUACUCGUGCGGCAUGGGCUGCAACGGGGGCUUCCCAGGGGCCGCGUGGCAUUACUGGGUCAACAAGGGGAUUGUCUCGGGGGGCAGCUUUGGCUCGAACCAGGGCUGCAGACCCUACGAGAUCGCCCCUUGCGAGCACCACGUGAACGGGACGCGCCCCCCGUGCACCGGCGACGACAACAAGACACCAAGCUGCAAACAGCAGUGUGAGAAGGGGUACAAUGUCCCGUACAAGAAGGACAAGAAUUUUGGCAAAGAGGCGUAUUCUAUUAGUAGCGAAGUCCAGCAAAUUCAGAAGGAAAUCAUGACUAAUGGCCCCGUCGAGGGCGCGUUUGAAGUGUAUGAAGACUUGCUCAGUUAUAAAAAAGGAGUGUAUCAACACGUCAAAGGGGAAGCUCUAGGGGGGCACGCAAUCAGAAUCCUGGGUUGGGGCACAGAGAAAGGCACGCCUUACUGGCUGAUUGCCAAUUCUUGGAAUUCGGAUUGGGGUGAUAAUGGAACCUUCAAGAUACUAAGGGGGGAAGACCACUGUGGAAUUGAGAGUUCCAUUGUAGCUGGCAUUCCCAAGGAUUCAAGCUAAAUGUUCCUUUUUUUUGUUAAUUGUAUUGUGAUUAAGCACCAAAGGUUGAUAAUUACUCAAAUAAAUUCAAAUUAAUUA